GUGAUGACGUCAUGAAAUGUUGUGUUUGCGCGUCGCGUCUGCGAUGGAGUCCGACUUUCCAGUAAAUGACUUUCAAAUAAAACGUCCCAGGCUGAGUGGUGAAUCCAAUAAAUUCCCAAGAAGUGGAUCAGAAGCAGCAGCUACUUCAAGCACACAUACUACUGGUGGCGAUUGUGCCAUCGGUAAUGGUGCCAAUGCUGAGAAUUUGCUACCUGUUCGAUCCUCAAUGCAAAGUCAGUUUGUGACGUCUACAAUGGAAACACCAGAUUUGCUGUUAAAUGAUUGCACGAUGUCGAGUCAGGAAUCCGCGGAGGAGAUGCAGGGCGAACAAUCGAGCAUCGCGGACUGGAGCGUUGCCGACUCGAUGGCCGUCAACGUCGACGACGCGUCGGCACUCAACCCGGACGACAAUGACGACAACCUGAGCGAGAUCAGCAACCUGAGCGGCAUCAGCGGCCAGGAGUGGAAGUUCAACUCCGGUCCGAUGGGCUGGAUACAGAAGCAGAUGCUGGAUGGCUGUGAUCCUUCGGUGCUCCUUCGCGAUCUGAUGCCAAAGGGAACCAGACUGCCGCCCGACAUCGACGACCUGACGCUAUGGAGGAUAAUAGUGAACUUACUCUCGGAACCUCCCGCGAGAACGAAGCUGACGCAAGUGAACACCAUCGACGACGUCGUACAGCUGAUACGAUCGUCGCGCAGCAUUGUCGUGCUCACAGGAGCGGGGGUGUCCGUAUCUUGCGGCAUUCCGGACUUCAGAUCGCGAGACGGCAUCUAUGCGCGCCUGAGCAUUGACUUCCCGGACCUACCCGACCCCCAGGCGAUGUUCGACAUCCACUACUUCAGGCGAGAUCCCAGACCCUUCUUCAAGUUCGCGAAGGAGAUCUACCCGGGGCAGUUCCAGCCGUCGGCGUGCCAUCGCUUCAUCCGGCGACUAGAGGAGCACGGCCAGCUGCUGCGAAACUACACGCAGAACAUAGACACCCUUGAGCAGGUCGCUGGAAUAACCAAGGUCAUACAGUGCCACGGUUCGUUCAACACGGCGACGUGCAUGAACUGCAAGCGAAAAGUGAAAGCAGACGAGAUAAAACCGGACGUGAUGAAUCAGACGAUCCCGCGCUGCACGACCUGCCCCGCCGACGCGCCGCACGCCAUCAUGAAGCCGGACAUUGUGUUCUUCGGCGAGGGACUGUCGGAUGAGUUCCACGCGACGAUGGCCGAGGACAAGAACGAAUGCGACUUGCUGAUUGUAAUCGGCUCCUCGCUGAAAGUGCGGCCGGUGGCUCUCAUACCGAGUUCCAUCUCGCAGGAGGUGCCGCAGGUGCUCAUCAACCGUGAGCCGCUGCCGCACAUCAACUUCGACGUCGAGUUGCUAGGCGAUGGUGACAUCAUCGUGCGAGAGCUGUGUCAGCGUCUGGGCGACGACUGGACAGGUACGGACGACGACGCGCCACCUCCGCUCACCGAACUCACCGACCUUCCCGUCUCUCCUGACGACGACGCCGCCGCGGCCCCCGACGACGACAGACUCGAGAGCGACGCCGGCGCGACGGGGGCGCCACCGGCCGAUGCGCCGAUGCCGCCGGAGGAGAGGUCGGACCUCCAGGGGGCGCCGAGCGAGCGCAGCGGCGACCGACUCUCGUGCCACGACGAGUCGAGUUCCAUGUCCGUCGCGAGCCAGCGCACCGAGAUGACGUCGCUGUCCGUCGACACCGACGUCGGCGGCGGCGCCCCCUACGUCAGCGGCGGCGCCCCCUACGUCGGCGGCGGCGCCCCCUACGUCGGUGGCGGCGGCCCCUACGAGGUGUCGAUGGACACGGACGGGGUCGGUGACGCGGCGGAGGGCGGCGGCGGCGGAAAGGUCGCGACCCCGAGCAACUGCCACCGGCACAACCAGCAUGAGAUCGACGAGCUGAUGUCGGCGCGCACGGACACCGAGGAGCUGAGGAAGUGCUUCUCCCCCUGCAGAGGGCAGCAGCGAACCAGCCUCGCCAAGAAACUACCCGCGAAUGCCUUCCUGUUCAUCCCUCCGAAUCGCUACGUCUUCGAGGGCGCGGAGGUGUAUGCAGACGCGGACCCGACGACGCCAUCCAACCUCGGCGUCAACAGAACGGACAAGGCAGACGACAGCAGCGCUGAAGGCUCCCUCUCCGACGACGACCGGCCGCGGGGCAAUCAGCCCCUAGGUGGCGCCGCCGCGGCCGCCGUCGAUCCAGCGGGCGCUGCGGGGGACGUUUCGGAGCCACCGCCGCUGUUCGGGAGUGCGAUGCCUGUGGGGGAUUGCGGGAAUCCGGCGUAGUGGGGGGGGGGACGCUCGACGGACCUCGUGCGCGGCAGCAACCGUGAGUCGGCCGUCCGUAAUAUUUACUUUAUUUUUGUAUGAGAGCAAGUAUUUAUUGGAAAACCGGGGGGGUUUCUUGAUGGGGGAGGGUGGGGGGAGGGAGCAUGUUCGUUUGCGCGAUCAGUGCAAACGAAAGACGGUGGUUAUGGCAGAAGGGCAGCGAAAGGCGGUUGGUUGCCCCCGUGGAGCCACGGGCACGCGCAGUUACUAUUAUACAAGCAAGAGCUCCGUAUAUCGGACGCAGUGGGGGUGAGGGGAGUUAAGUCACUUGACGUGGCUACCGCAUGCCACGGAAGUAGAAGUCGGAGGGGGAAGGAUGGGUGGAGAGUGGUGUGGGAUGACGGUAGACAGGGCGUAGUUUAAAAUCGUGUUGCAAAAUGAGUUACAGUGAGGUCUUUUACGGUGUGAAUAUGAGUGAAAUAGGAUGCAUUUAUGUGUGUGCGCGCGUGUUUACAGGUUAAAAAAAGACGUCAUUUUUUCGUUUUUCUAUAUCAAGUCGUGUGAUAAUGAAAUCUGACCCUUGCAUGUACGUGUUUUGUAGUGGCAAUGAAAUGAAUUCUUAAUGCAAGCAUCUCCCUUUAGUAGUAAUGCAUUGGUCUUGGUGUAUGGUUCAGCUGUUGAAUGUUUUGAAGGUGUAACAACACUGUUAAAGUGAUAACUGUUAAAGCCGCACAAUGCGCAUCAAAAUGCUAAUUUCUCCAGUACUAGACUAGCAAAUACUUCGUGGCAUGCAUAA